AGCAUCCAAAAGGAAAGUGUGAUUAUUGCCAGGAAACAGAGACCGUAUUGCUACAGUGUGGGCAGUAUCAGAGGAAAGAGAGAGGCUGAGAUCUAGUAUGAGGGAGAAGGGGAUACAGGAAAUUAUUUUAAAGAUUAUAUUGAGUAGAACUUUAUUAUAUAUAGUCUCAAAUAUGUUGUUAUAUGUUUUAAAAGCAACGGGGUGGCAGGUAGGAUUUAGUUUCUCCCUGCCUCUGGCCCAUACUCCAGUACAGAAGGUGGCGAUAAUGCACCAUAACGUUUGAUGUCAACCGCCGAUAAACCCCACCGAAGAGAAGGGAAACAUCAAUCUACUGUUGCUGUCUCCGCUUAGUUAUCUUGCAUGAAAUAUACAUAUAGAAACCUUGAAUAACGACAACGUAGCUACUAGCUUGAAGAUUGAAUGUUCAACAUGGGUUACAAUAAAUUCAGAGUCAACGUAACUCGGAAGAUGUCGAAGACGUUAGCCUUGACCGUUCUAACCUGUUUGUCGUUCUGCAUCAGUGUUUGCAGGGCAGAGGAUAGUGCCAUGGAGAACAUCGUAACAGAGAGGAAGGUUGAAGAUAACCACAGACAAGACAGUGCCGACCUGCUGAUUUUCAUCAUGCUCCUAACCCUCACGAUUUUAACUAUUUGGUUAUUCAAGCACCGUCGUUUCAGGUUUUUGCAUGAAACGGGACUAGCUAUGAUCUAUGGUGUGCUGGUUGGGGUGGUCCUGCGCUAUGGUAUCCACGUACCCCGUGACAUUAGUAACGUCACCCUCAGUUGCCAUGUCAAUGCCAGCCCGCCCACACUGCUCGUCAACGUCAGUGGCAAGUUCUACGAGUACAGUCUGAAGGGUGAGAUCAGCCCCUCUGAGAUCAAUGAUGUACAAGACAACGAGAUGCUUCGCAAGGUGACCUUUGACCCUGAAGUGUUCUUUAACAUCCUCCUGCCCCCCAUUAUCUUCCAUGCUGGCUACAGUCUGAAAAGGAGACACUUCUUCAGGAACAUGGGAUCCAUCCUAGCCUAUGCCUUUCUGGGAACAGUCAUAUCAUGUUUCAUCAUUGGGUUACUGAUGUACGGCUGUGUCACGCUGAUGAAGCAAGUGGGACAGCUUGACGGGGACUUCUUCUUCACUGACUGCCUGUUGUUUGGAGCCAUUGUCUCUGCUACUGACCCCGUGACGGUGCUGGCCAUCUUCAACGAGCUGCAGGUGGACGUGGAUCUGUACGUUCUGCUGUUUGGAGAGAGCGUUCUCAAUGACGCCGUGGCCGUGGUGCUGUCCUCGUCCAUUGUGGCAUACCAGCCGGAGGGGGACAACAGUCACACCUUCGAGGUGAUGGCCAUGUUGAAGUCCUUCGGGGUGUUCCUGGGUGUUUUCAGUGGAUCCUUCGCCCUGGGGGUGGCCACCGGGGUCAUGACAGCACUCGUCACUAAGUUCACUAAGCUGAGAGACUUCCAUCUCCUGGAGACGGCUCUCUUCUUCCUCAUGUCCUGGAGCACCUUCUUAAUGGCUGAGGCCUGUGGCUUCACAGGUGAACCCUCAUCUUACCGCAAAGCUACACUCAGGUCAUGGUCCCACCCCACAGGUUAUUUUUCAUCACCCAGCUUAUUACGGUUAAUCACGAUGUGGAUGUGUCUGGUUAAUGUUGUGUGUGCAGGUGUGGUGGCGGUGCUGUUCUGUGGGAUCACUCAGGCUCACUACACCUUCAACAACCUGUCCCCUGAGUCUCAGGACAGGACCAAACAGUUGUUUGAGCUACUGAACUUCCUGGCGGAGAAUUUCAUCUUCUCCUACAUGGGUCUGGCGUUGUUCACCUUCAAGAACCACAUCUUCAACCCCACCUUUAUUGUCGGGGCUUUCCUGGCAGUGUUCUUGGGAAGAGCAGCCAACAUCUACCCCCUGUCCUUCCUGCUCAACCUGGGACGCAGGAACAAGAUCAGCUCCAACUUCCAACACAUGAUGAUGUUUGCUGGUCUGCGCGGAGCAAUGACCUUUGCACUUUCCAUUCGGGACACUGCUACGUACGCCCGUCAGAUGAUGUUCACCACCACCCUCCUCAUCGUCUUCUUCACCGUGUGGGUCUGUGGAGGGGGAACCACUCAGAUGCUCUCCUGCCAGCACAUACGUGUUGGAGUCGAUUCGGACGCAGAUAACACAUCUUGUGUGUCUGGUCAGAUGAGCAUGACAGAGGGAUCAGAGCGGCGGAGCACCAAACACGAGAGUGCCUGGCUCUUCAGGAUCUGGUACAACUUUGACCACAACUACCUGAAGCCCAUCCUGACCCACAGUGGCCCCCCACUCACCGUCACCAUGCCUGCCUGCUGUGGACCGCUGGCCAGAUGUCUCACCAGCCCACAGGCCUAUGAGAACGAGUGCCAGCUGAAGGACGACGACUCAGACCUCAUCCUGACGGACGGGGACAUCAGCCUGACCUACGGUGACAUCACUGUGAGCACAGACGCCAGCGGUGCCCACACCAGUGCCGGGCCCGCGGGCACCACCUCCGCCGUCAUCUCCGCUGACGACCUGGACCGCGAGCUGACGUACGGGGACCACGAGCUGGUGAUGAGGGGUACUCGUCUGGUCCUGCCCAUGGACGACUCCGAGCCCCCGCUCGGCGACCCACGACACCGUAUGCGGAUGUGAGGCGAAAGAGAGGCCAGCUAGCCAGAUGACCAACUCACUCUACGUCCUGCUCCCCCGCAGGCUGCAGGAAUUAGAUCAACUAAGAUCAGCAAGAGACUGGUCUCUCUGUCUCUGUCUCUGUCUCUCUCUCUCUCUGUCUCUCCUCUCCUCUCAUACCGCUCCUCAUCUCUUUCUCUCUCACCCACUGCCGCUCCUCCUUUGAGUUUCUCAAGUGGUUAAUCCAUGUCUACCUCAUUAUUCUUUGUUCAUUUCUACUCCUGUCUCCAUCAUUAUAAUAUGAAUUAUUUAUUCAUGUUUCCUUUUCUUUUGAUUCGGUCAAACCGAUAUCUUUUCUCAGUUUGUCUUCUAACAGGACCACACUGAAAUCACGUGGCAAUCUGCUCACCGUAGCGCUGCAGCGUCGUCUAUACGCAUGCAUUAGUCUGUAUGUGGAGGUCACAGUGCAACAGCUAGCUUAACUAAUACCAUUUGUCUCUGUAUCACAGGGUGCAUAAUACCGUUGUUGUUUUUUUAUGCGUGGGGAGUGGGUAGGUCGAGGGGCUGACUGAGUUUUGUAGCCCUGUUUUGGGGUCUGAUUCUGAAUGUUGCUGCCUUCUCUGUGUGAUCCAAGGGAUGCUGGCUGACUUAGUGGCUCGGCGUUGCAUUGUGUUGCUAUGCAUACGGUUAGAAUCAAGUGCCUGAGUGACCAACAGUUUAUGUUCCCUUUUUAGAAGUGAUACACUCCUCCGUCCACUGGGUGGCGACCUCUCUACGGGUGACAGGCUGCCUGCGUUUUGAGCCUUUGCUCUGUAGAUAGUUAAAGAUGUUCUAGCCUGGUUCAACCAAGCUAACAAUGUAAUUCAGCUCGCUCUGUGUAACCUAGCACAAGUCUUGGAUCUCCCACAAUGACCUCAGACUGUGACUUUGGGAGGGUUUGACACCUUCUUUUAGAAGCUGAUGUCACUCACCACAGAAGCAGAAAGAAGGGCUGUCGUUUCGAGUACGAGUUCUAGAUCUCCCGUAUGGUGGAAGUUGGUGCCAUUCCUCCUCCAUUGACAUUUGAUGAAAAUUGAGUGCAGGCAGCCUGAAAAAACUUGCUGUAUUUUGCAACAUACUACAAGUACUUUAGCUACAUCCUCGUUUUCACUGUAAUUUUAAUACUAUUCACGUGUAACAUGGUGUAUAUUUGACUUUAGGGAUUGAAAUGUUACUCAAAUCAAACCGAGUGUGUACUUCUAUCUGGGCUAAGUCCUUGCUUCCUAUUGGCUAAGAUCUAUCUGCUUGAGUUACAGGAGUAGUAGCGGGAACAUGUUACAGUAGCUCAUAAUUAAGGAUCUAAUCUGCUUUGUUUUUGGACCUCAGUUCAACUGUUAACUGCCUUGAGUUAUUGACCAUAUUGUCCCUGGUACUGUAUGACGUGACAAAGGAUUGGUACGUACUAUCAGAAACAACUUGAAUAGGCCAGUUGGAAUCAUAACAUUUAGAUUUUAAAUGAUCCAAAACCACAGACAUAUAUUUGUUAUUGAAAUGCUAUGAAGAUAUGUUUCUAGCAAUCAUUUCUGUGUUUCUAUGGUUCAGAGUAGAUAUUUAGAGAAAAGCUGGUAGGGAUCAGUUGAAGAAAACGAAAUGGUUGUAGAAAAAUGUGUGUGUGCAAUACUUUAUUUGUGUAAAAUAAUCAUACAAUAGGUUAUAUUAGAGUCUAACGUAUCCUAUAUGCCUCGCGCUACAAUGUAUGGGGGCUGGGUUGAUUUAUAGCUGAUGUCUGGUACCAGAGUAGCUCCUUUGAGCUUGCUUGGCUACAUGGGGGUUUGCUCUGUGACUGGUCUGGGAUCAGUGGUGGCUGUUAAUGUGGUGUAGCAGGAAGUGUUGACCGGACACCACCCUGACGACGCACUGUUGAUGUGGAUGGAAUCAGGCCCUGUGCCAGACAGCAUUACAGAGGGGGAGGGGGGGGGGGGGCAGAGUAGGAGGGAAGUACAAAGAGAGGGACAGGGUAGGAGCAGAGGAAAGGGAGGUAGAGAGAGAAAUAGUGGACAUUCUACCUAUAUUCAAUGUUAUUCACUUUCGCACCUGGGGAGGGAGGGGUAGAGGAGGGCAGUGUACCACUCAGCGUUAUCUCCUGUUGUGCAGGAACCUCUGACGGCGUGUGGUCUCCUUUUUUUUACUUUUUUUUUUAUCAAGCAUGCCUCUUGACACCACAAUGUGCAGGAAAUGAUUUUUCUUCCCACCAUUUUAUAUAUAGUUUAUUUCCUCUAUUUUGUUUAUUCUUGAUGAAGAAGGGAAAUAAGGCGAGUGUUGGGGAUGGCGCUCAGCAUUUGCACUUGUCUUUUAAGAAACCUUUGUUUGAGUUAGAUUUGUCUUGUAAGUUCCAUUUGUCAUGUUUGUGUUGCUGUUUUUAACUGGCUUUUGUUGGGGUUAUGAAGGAAUUGACAUGAAUCCCGUGAACUAUGAUUUAUAGUAGAAACUCAUGGAGUCAUGUCAUAACUGCCGGAGGUCACGAACUGAAGGGUGGUAUCCAUUGAUGUACAGGUUGUUAUGAUCUAUGUAACCAAGAGUAACAAGAUUGGCCUCCUUGCUUUUCCGUGCCAUUGACUCUGACUCUGUCUUCACUUUAAGGAAAAAAGAAAUCAAGCAAGAUCAUGACUGUGUACCAGUCUAUAACUAACAUAUGAAGUAAUGUCAAAAAAAGACCCAUUAUAGGUCACCUUAUACCUUGCCUGUACUGUUCUUACAGUAUGUGUUCUAUUGUUUUGAACGAUGAAUGGUAACUUGUAAUUAACAUGUUGACACUAGUCUGAAGUAGCUGACCAAAGGGGCUUGUUGUACUCUGUGUUUUCAGACUGUCCGAUGUGUUUAUACUGCUACUUCGCUGUGUGUGUCACACUGUGCUUCCUCAGUGUUGCAGGUACUGACUGUUUACAUCUCUGUAAAUAUUCUCACCUGUUCAAGUUGCGUGCAAUGGUCAAUAAACAAAGCCUGUGCUUUUGAUUGAACCCUC